AUGGGAAGUCACAUCCCCCGUGGCAUCAAAUGGCGGUCCCAUAAGCGAUUCAUCAUCGCGACCGUGGCCAUCGGAAUGUUCACCGAUCUCUUCCUCUACGGCCUCAUCGUUCCCAUCAUUCCCUUCAUUCUCCUCGACAAGAUCCACGUCCCGCACUCCGAAGUCCAGUACUAUACGUCCCUCCUCCUCGCGUGCUACGCCGGGGCCCAGGUGCUCUUCUCGUUGGUGGCAGGGUACAUUGCGGAUAAGCUUCCAUCGAGGCAACCGCCGUUCCUGUUUGGGCUCGCGGCGAUGUUCGCGAGUACGGGGAUGCUAUUUUGGGGACGAAGCAUACCUAUGCUCAUUGCAGCCCGUCUCUUGCAAGGGAUGAGCGCUUCGGUUGUGUGGACAAUUGGUCUAGCGCUCUGUAUCGACACGGUUGGUACUGCGCAGCUCGGAGUGGUGAUUGGAAGCAUAUUCAGCGUUAUCAGUGUUGGGGAACUUGCCUCUCCACCUCUGGGAGGCAUCGUAUAUAAAAAGGGAGGCUCGAUCGCAGUGUUCGGCAUCGGAGUCGCGCUGCUGGUCGUCGACUUCAUCAUGCGCUUGAUGGUUAUCGAAAAGAAAACUGCGGCCGCGUACGGUAUCGCGAACGACAGCCAGAGUUUGAACGAGAGCGAGAGCGAAACGUCACCACUCCUGGAUAACGGAAAAACCAAAGAAGAAGAACUCGAAGACUGGAAAAUCCCACACCCGGAGGACCAACCUAGCUGGGUCCGCAGCCUCCCUAUCCUUUACUGCUUGAAGGAUAAGCGUCUCUGGGUAUCCCAGCUCGUGUCUCUGACACAGGCCACCCUGCUCGCUGUUCUCGACUCCACGCUUGUCAUCGAAGCUCAAAAACUCUUCGGCUUCGAUUCCUUGAAAGCGGGAAUGUUGUUUAUCCCCCAAAUUUUGCCCUCUUUUAUCGUCGGUCCCCUUGCUGGCCGAGCGGUCGACAAAUACGGCCCGCGCCCCAUCGCCACCAUCGGCCUCGCAUUCAUCACCAUCCCUCUCGUCCUCCUGCGUAUCCCGCACGCUGGCGGCGUUGCCGAGGUUGUCAAGAUGUCCUGCUGCCUCGGCUUGAUCGGUGUAGGAGUCCCUAUGAUUUCUGCGCCACCCCUCGUGGCUGCUAGCUAUGUCGUCGAUCAGUACCAUGCCGCGAAUAAGGGCUUUUUCGGGAACAACGGGCCGUAUGGACAGCUGUAUGCCUUGAGCAGUAUUGCGUUCAGUUCCGGGCUGACCAUCGGGCCUCUGAUUGCCGGAUGCUUGAGGGAGAGGAUUGGGUACGGGAAUAUGAACGCUGUUAUGGCGGGGAUAUGCGCCUUCGUGGGAGUGCUGGCUUGGCUAUAUUUAGGGACCAUCCCGAAGAAGAUGAAGGAUGAGGACAUCUAA